AUGUCAUCAACUGUCUUAUCUGAUACUGUUGUAGGAGCUGUGAUCACCGUUUACGAUUGUUCGGUAUGUUCAUUGCCAAUAUGUGAUCAAUUUGUGUUCAAAGUCAAUGAAAAUCAUUUCCAUUCGUUGUGUCUGAAUUGUGCGGAGUGUCAUGGCAAAUUGUUUGAUAAAUGCUAUGCGAGAGAUGGCAAUGUUUACUGUAAAGAAGAUUUUUUCAAAAAAUUUGGUACAAAAUGUGCUUCUUGUGGGAAUGGAAUACCGCCGUCGGAAGUUGUCCGGCGUGCAAGUGACUAUGUGUAUCAUUUGCAAUGCUUUUCGUGCUUAAUUUGUCAUCGGCAACUGAAUACCGGCGACGAGUUUUACUUAAUUGAUGAUCAGAAACUUGUAUGUAAAAUCGAUUAUGAAACAUUGAAAAACAGAGAAUUUGAUGAUACUAAUAAACGACCACGAACAACUAUAACUCAGAAACAAUUGGAAAUACUUAAACAAGCUUAUAAUACGAGUCCGAAACCAGCUCGACAUGUACGAGAAACUUUAGCAGCAGAAACUGGUUUAGAUAUGCGAGUUGUACAAGUCUGGUUUCAAAAUCGCCGAGCAAAAGAAAAACGCUUGAAGAAAGAUUCUGGUCGGCGAUGGCCAAAUGUUCUACGAAAUGGAGGGGUAGAACGGAAAACAUCACGAAUGAAAACACGCAAAACUCAAAGUAUACACCAAGACGAAGACACAAGUAACGAAGGUGACACCGCCGUGUCAUACGAUGAAUUAUCUGAACAUGACUCCGACGAUUCUUUGUCACAUACUCAUAAUACUAAUCCUGUUUACUCCGAUGUUAUAUCUCGAGGUGGUCAUCCACCAUCCAAUGAAUUAAUUUCAUUUGAUUCUCCGUACCCCGAACCAAGUGGAUUUCUUAGUGGUCCGACUCGUGGAUCGUCCUAUCCAAGCCAAUCAGGGUUAAUUCCAAACAAUUCAUUUUCAUCAUCGUCUUCAUCAAUUACAGUCAAUGAUGAUCAUGCAUCUUCAUCUGAAUUAGAUUAUUGUACACUUGUUACAACAGGUAUGACAACAGCAGGAAUAGGAAAUGGAAGUACUAUGGAUUUUGGACAUCACCAUCAUCAUUGGCUUGAUAAUCAAUCAUUGACUGGGCAGCAGUAG